AUGAAAGCUUAUAUUUUCUAUGCCAGCCUUGCGGCCUUUGUUACUGCACAAGAGGUGUAUAUCACAACGACUGGACCUUCAACUCGACAAUGCACUCAAGCUACAUCGCCAACAUAUUUUUUCCAGCCGUUCUCCUAUACGUUAAAUGAUACUGUUCGAUAUGCCACUUCGCUGCCAACUCCCACAACCACAAGGACAUAUGCGCCUGGAUAUGAUGAAGCUACUAAGCACCUAUCAACUCAGUUUUCGACUUCAACUUGGGGAAGCUGGAUUCCUGUAAUAACUGCUAUCAGUGCCACUGACACUGCUGAUCCCUAUGGACAAGCUUCCUGGUCAUCUAUGUGGUUACAGGCUAGUCUGGAAGACUACACCUCAAUUGGAAUUUACUCAACCACUGUGAGCCCUACUCCAGUUCCAAGUAGCGAGCUCGUCCUACCACCCCGCGACUACUUCGGCCCCACAGAUUGCUAUGAUUUCCCCGAAGAUUUCGUCUUCGGAGUUGCUGGCAGCGCUGCACAGAUCGAAGGUGCCAUUGGUAUUGACGGCCGCUCGCCAUCCUUGCAAGAGAAGAUGAUUACCGGAAGUGAACCAAAAGACUAUAUUACUAAUGAAAACUACUUCCUCUAUAAGCAGGACAUCCAGAGACUGGCUGCGAUGGGAGUGCCAUACUACAGCUUUUCCAUUUCCUGGACACGCAUCUUGCCAUUUGCUUUAUCAGGUACCACAGUCAAUCAACAGGGAAUUGACCAUUACAACGACUUGAUAACGACUAUACUUGAUGCUGGGAUGCAACCUGUGGUUACAAUGCUUCACUUUGACUCCCCCUUGGUAUUUGUUGCCAGUGAUAACAUAACGGCCACUCCAGUCAUUGGUAACAAUAAUGGAGGCUACCAGAAUGAGACGUUUGUCGAUGCAUUUGCCAACUACGGAAAAGUCCUUUUGACACAUUUUGCGGAUAGAGUCCCGAUUUGGGUCACAUUCAACGAACCACUUUUAUACGCUUUCAACUUCCAAGGCUUUGACAAUGUAAUACACGCCCACGCUCAAGUAUAUCGAUUCUAUCACGACGAGCUAAAAGGCACAGGCAAGAUGGGUCUCAAAUUCAAUGACAACUUUGGCGUGCCCAAGGAUCCAAAAAAUGAAAGUCAUGUGGAAUCAGCAAACCGAUUCCAAGAGAUGCAGCUUGGCUUCUUCGCCAAUCCUAUAUUCCUUGGUGAACAGUACCCAGACUCUAUUUUGAACACUCUACCUGGUACCAAGCCACUCAAUAGCUCUGAGCUGGCAUACAUAAAUGGUACAUCGGACUUCUUUGGCAUCGAUGCGUAUACUGCUACAGUCGUAUCUCCAGCUGAUGGAGGGAUUGAGUCUUGUGCGAAGAACAGUUCUAACUCCCUCUUCCCAUACUGCGUCAAACAAGAGACUACCAACAUCUACGGGUGGGAUAUUGGCUAUCGGUCAUAUUCUUAUGUUUACAUAACGCCGACCUAUCUUCGUGAAUACCUCUUGUAUAUCUAUAAUACAUGGCGACAUCCUAUCAUCUUGUCAGAGUUUGGAUACCCCGUUUACGGAGAAGCAGACAAAGAUUUGACAGAUCAGCUCUUUGACUCGCCACGCAGCGUCUAUUACCUCUCAUUUAUGUCCGAGGUGCUUAAAUCCAUCUACCAGGAUGGAGUUCAUGUCAUCGGUGCCCUCGCAUGGAGCUUUAUGGAUAACUGGGAGUUCGGAGAUUAUUCUGCACAAUUUGGCAUUCAGAAGGUGAACCGAACAACUCAAGAGCGUUAUUUUAAAAAGAGCUUUUUCGAUCUAGUGGAUUUUGUCAAGACUCGACAAACCACAAGAUAG